GGGUUGGGUGGUCUUCUGUAAUAUAUACACACAUAUAUAUUAAUGUAUUUUAUUCAUAAAACACCGUAUAAAUGACAACACAGCAGAAUGUUCAACUUCUAAACACGUUGUAUCAGAUGCAGCUUUGCGCGUAACGUUACCUCCCUCUCCCUGUGGCCCCCCCUUCUCUCUCUCUCUCUCUCUCUCUCUCCCUCUUACACACACCGUGAGGGGUGUGUCAUUAAUAAGUAAUUAGACAGGGGGUCACUCAGCCACCUAUAUAGGCGGCCCCUCACAGCCGCAGACUCCACUGUUGCGCACAAACGCACCAGCUGAAGGACGGAUCUCAGAUCAGCUCCGCGGCUCUUCCCCUGAUUCCUUCCAUCCUCCUUUUUCUCCUCCUUCGCUCCACAGUCGUAGUUCGACUCUCUUUCUCUGCUACUCCGAUUCUUUUUCCACACAAAGUUCCAAAUCUUCUCUUCACUGCCUGCACCAUGGGCUCCGUGCUGCCCGCAGACGCCUUGGCCCUCAAGCCUGGAUUUAAGUGUCCGGGCCGGACGCUGUCGGACGUGAUCACCUCGGACAUCCUGCACAGCUUCCUGUACGGCAGGUGGAGGAACGUGUUGGGCGAACACCUGGCGGAGGAGCGGCACAGUGGCAGCAGCCCCAAAACCGCCUUCACUGCGGAGGUGCUGGCGCAGUCCUUCGUUGGAGAGGUGCAGAAGCUCUCCAGCCUGGUGCUGCCCAGUGAGGUCAUCAUCGCCCAGAGCUCCAUCCCUGGAGAAGGUCUGGGCAUCUUCUCCAAGACCUGGAUCAAGGCCGGGACCGAGAUGGGCCCCUUCACCGGGAGGGUCCUGUCUCCUGAGCACGUGGACCUGUUCAAGAAUAACAACCUCAUGUGGGAGGUGUUCAACGAAGACGGUACGGUUCGGUAUUUUAUCGACGCCAGUCAGGAGGACCAGCGCAGCUGGAUGACUUACAUCAAGUGCGCCAGGAACGAGCAGGAGCAGAAUCUGGAGGUGGUGCAGAUCGGCAGCAGCAUCUUCUACAAGGCAGUGGAGACAAUCCCACCGGACCAGGAGCUUCUCGUCUGGUAUGGAAACACUCACAACACGUUCCUGGGAAUUCCUGGAGUUCCUGGAGCAGAUGAAGAGCUUCAGAAGAAAAACAGAAAUGAAGACUCCCACUCGUGUGAAAGCUCUUCCUCCUGCUCUCCGUCCUCCUCCUCUUCCUCCUCCGUCGCCCCGGUCACCACUGCUGGCCGCAUGCGCUGCGUCAUCUGCCACCGCGGGUUCAACUCCCGCAGCAACCUGCGCUCCCACAUGCGGAUCCACACCCUGGACAAACCGUUCGUGUGCCGCUUCUGCAACCGCCGCUUCAGUCAGUCCUCCACGCUGCGGAACCACGUGCGCCUGCACACGGGCGAGCGGCCGUACAAGUGCCACGUCUGUCAGAGCGCGUACUCCCAGCUGGCGGGGCUCCGGGCGCACCAGAAGAGCGCGCGGCACAAACCCGUGACAACCGGCGGAGAAGUGUCCUCGCAGGUGUCCCCCCAAACUCCGGCUCAUCCUCCUCCUCCUCCUCCUCCUCCUCCACAGAUCACGGCCAUGGCCCAUCCGCACCACAUGCCCCUGGUGCACCACAUACCCACCAUGGUGCUUUGAUAGCAGCAGAGAGACAGUGACGCAACACAACCAUGCACUUUAGGUUGAAGCCCAACCGUUAGGGCUCCAACGGUCAUUCAGUUUUCCCUUUUUAAAUCAUUAACAAUACAAAUUAAAAUACAAUAUUCAAUUAUUAUUAAACGUAAUGAACUCACACAAGAUUGUACUUUAAACUUUUUUUUUUUUACGUGCAACUUUAUUAAUCGCGAAAGGCUUUUAAUUUGAAAUACCGGAAGUAAGGCAACUUCAGUCGGACCCGUUUUACUGCCGUACUGAUUUGUUUAGAUACAAACAGUAAAUUAUUUUUUAAUACAUAACUUGUCGCCUUUCGGCCUAGUUUUGUGAUUCGACACUUAAAUAUAAAAAAGCAACAGUUUAUACGUCAUCUCAUUCAUUCAGGAAAAUCGAAUGACCGGAAAUACAGGGAUUGUUGUCAACGGUUAGCCGAAAUGUAAGUGUACGUUUUAUACCUCUGUGUCUAUCACAUGAUCAAAAUUCAAACAGAAAAUGAUGUUUAAAUGGCUGCAUUUUUGUAGAAGGUAAAUCGUAUUUUCAUAUAUAUUGAACGCAGACGUAGAAAACACCAGUGCAAAAUGUCAGAUACGUCUUUAACAUGUGUUUUCAUCCGUGUUUAUCCCACAAUAACACACACUCACUCAACAGUCACUUUAACAUUGUACAGGAUUCAAAGAACUGUGUCAAUAUAAAAAAUGUAUUGUAUGCUAAUGUACAUGUGAAUGUAAAUACGUUUGUGCUUUUCUCACAUUCUAAAUAAAUGAUACGACGAAAUGAAUCGAUUUGAGACAGUUGAUCACCCAACAUCCUACAGAAAACAACGAUGAUUUCCUGAUGGAACUAUGAGUUAAUUUUCAAUUAUAAACUGAAAACAAAUGUCAUGGCUUCUAUGUAACUACCAGUGUUUUCCUACAGUAAACUAGUACAGUGUACUAGUACAGGAAACAUAUAUAUAAUUCUAGAUCUUUAAAUCAAAGAGUACUGAUUCAGACCUCAGGUUAAAAUCCAAACAACUAAACUCAGACUGAAUCCAACUUUUUUUUCUCUAAACUUUUAUCAUCUAAAGACCUUUUUGACCUGACAUAGAGUCAAUUACAAGUUGUGCAUAGUUAAUUCAACGUCUGAUUGAAACCACGGAGACCUGACCUCAGGUCAGUCACCUAAUAUCUUCUCCUGGUGAACACCUGUAAGAUUUCACUAGAUGCUAAACUGUUGGCUACCUUUUAGCAAACAAUUACAUAAACCUUGU